AUGUCGAAAAAUAUCAAUUUACAGUUAGGGUGGCCUUCGCCCUCGUUGUUCCCGUCAUCACAUCUGCUAGAUGGGGCUUCCAAUGUUCUAAAUUCUUCCAAAAAGACUGCUGCAGCCCUCGUUUACGGCCCUGACGCCGGAUAUGAUCCUCUUCGAGAAAGCAUUGCGAAGUGGCUCGGAUCAUUUUAUCUACCUUCAGGCGGCAUAUCAUCUGAACGAAUUUGCGUAACCAAUGGUGCUUCUGCAAACCUGGGAAAUGUUCUUGCACGAUUCACAGAGCCUGGUUACACACGAAACAUCUGGAUGAUCGAGCCGUGUUACUUUCUUGCCUGUCCCAUUUUCAUGGACCACGGAUUUCAGGGACUGCUCAAGGGAGUUCCAGAAGAUGAGGAGGGAUUGGAUAUCGAGUAUCUUAGGAGAAGCCUCGAGGCUUCAGAGAAGGAAGCCUCCCAACAGUCACCGAAUAUCAAGACGGGUGACAGAUACGCGAAGAUGUACAAGCACAUCAUUUAUGGCACACCCACCUUUUCCAACCCAAGUGGAAAGACUAUGUCUCUCCGGAGACGUGAGGCGCUCGUCCGCCUUGCUCGCGAAUACGAUGCCUUGGUUAUCACCGAUGAUGUUUACGACGUGCUCCGAUGGCCAGCAGAUGAGCACACAAGUUCCGCACAUCUGGGGACUCCCCCGCCACGCAUUGUUGAUCUUGAUAGAACACUCGAUCGUGGGCCAAAGGAUGAGUGGGGUAAUGCCAUGAGUAACGGUUCUUUCUCCAAGAUUAUCGCGCCUGGCGUGAGAGUAGGGUGGGCAGAAGCAUCGCCUGCGCUCACACUUGCUCUUUCCACGCUCGGCUCGAACCGUUCAGGUGGUUGCCCGACCCAAUUGACCGCAAGUUUUGUUCACGAGCUGCUCGAAACUGGGACAUUAGAAAACCAUCUUACAGAUCUCAUAAUUCCUACGUAUCGGACAAGAUACCAUGCCAUGAUGAAAGCUAUUGGAGAGUAUCUUAUUCCCUUGGGUUUUGCGAUCUCGGUUGGUAGAGCGUAUGAGGAAUCUUUGCUAACGUACAAGGGCGGAACUAAUGGAUAUACAAACGGUCAUACGAACGGCUAUACGAAUGGCGAUGCCAAUGGUCACACCAAAUCCAUUGCCGUAGCUGGUGGAUAUUUCACAUACCUGACGUUACCAGAUGACGUCUCAUCGAGGGGCGCGGAGCUAGCUGCGAUCGCAUUGUCGAAUCUCCACCUGAGGUUCGCUUAUGGCGAUAUGAUGCAAGUCAAUGGCGACGACGGCUCUAUCGAGAGAGGGAAGGAAGGGUAUGGAAAGGGCAUAAGGCUUUGUUGGGCGUGGCAUCCGGAAGACGAGAUUGUUGAGGGCAUACAAAGGAUUGCAGGUCUCAUUCAAUUGAUCAGAAGCUAG